AUAAGCAGCUCAGCUUCAUGAUGGUAGUUUUUUUUUUUUAGCACUGUGGGUUUUAACACUUUCAACCUUGUACGUAACAAACACAGAUGUAGACCGGGUCCAUGAAAACCAAACAAUUGGUUUAGCUGAUGAUUUUUUUUUUUUUAAACAAAACUCUCACUUAAUUACUUAAUUGAGAGAAAACACAGACAAUGCAUCAUCUUUAAAUAAAUGUACCUAAAAAUCUGGGGUGUAAAAUCUCUCUAAACGACUUUGUAACUGGCAAGCAUAGAGUCAAUGGAUUGGAGAGGAUUUUUUUCCCCCCUUAUAUGGUCCAUGUGACUCCGUGCUCUACCAGAGCUGGCCAGAGGAGCUGCAGUGCCUGUUGCUCGCACUGUGAGUGUGCAGUGCUGCUGAGUGCGCUGCCUUCUUUAAUGACUCUGUAUUCCAAUGAAAAAUCACACUAGCUCUAGGUCUCGGUCACGGUCAAGAUCUCCGUCUCCGACUUAUAACCGGGAUAAGAAAUAUCCAAGAGCAUACCAGAACAACCGGGAAUUCCGAGGCUACCAUCGCGGCUUCCGGAGGCCGUACAACUUCAGGGGCAGAGGGCGGGGCUACUUUCCACGUGGACGCUACCAACGUGGUGGUGGGAACUACAACAACAACAAUAACAACUACUACUUCCGCCCAAACUGGAAGUGGAACAAGCAAAACCCUCAAAAACAGCAUAACCAGCAGCAGCAGCAGCAACAGCAGCAGCAAAAUAGUUCACGAGGACGGCAGCACAAUUUCCAGAAGAGAUCAGGAAGCCCCCCUCACGGUCAGUCACACCAGUCUGACAGAUCUUCCUCGCCAUUAUCCAGACACUCUCAGCAUUCUUCCUCCUCACACUCCUCCUCUCCCAAAUGUAGGCCAGCCUUGUUGCUGGCAAACCAAAACUCCCAAGAGGUAGAGGAGAAGCCCUCAGCCCCAAGUGAGGUCCAAAAGGACGGGGAGGGAGAUGCGAAGCCAGUGGAGACUGUUGGGGUUUUGCCAGGAGAUACGAAAGAAACUGAGGGGAACUGGCAGGGCCUGACAGACUGUAAUGGCAGUCCAAAGAGAACCGGUCCUCUGGCCAAUUCUUCAGUUACUUUUAGUCAGAACAGCCAGACUCCUAACCAAUCUAGUCCAUCCCCUAAGAAUAGAAAUGACAACUGCAAUAAUGCCCCCUCCUGGCAGAUGCUAUCUAAUUCAUCCUCAACAAAAAAACCCUCUCAUGAAGGUCUCAAUCCAAUGCUUUCCAGCUUUGACUUCUUUUCCAACAAGGAAUACUCGGAUGGAGAUAAAACUGCAAUCUCCAUUGCCUUCAGAAAGUUUUUGGAGGAGCAACAUAAAAAAGGUGCAUCUAGUGGCAGAGGUGCAGAAUCAAUUGAUUCAAAUAAGGAGCAGGGGAAAGAAAAUGGAAAAUCAUCUGCAGUCAUCUCUGACUCAGUGUCAAAGAAGUACAAAGAGGACAUUGAUGGUGGAUUAUCCCUGAACAGCCUUUUAAAAGCAUCUCCCCUUCUGUCUACUCGCGAAGAGGAGGAGGAGGAAAUGAUCAUCAAGCCUCAUGCAAAGCUACUUCACAAGGAUUGGCACAAUGGGGACGGUUCCUCCAAGCCAAAGAGCAAAGCCGCACACUCAGCCCGAGAGCUAUUUGAGCAGUGCUUUGGCAAAUGGCAGAAUGCAGCCUAUUCACAGGCAGCCAACGCUAACUCCAACUCCAUGGCAGAGGACAUGUACCUUAGUCGAAAGCAGGAAACAGCAGCAAUGGCUGCUGCCCUCGCCAGAAGGGAGUUAGGUGGAAAUCUUGAGGAACUGUCCCCAGACAUGAGCUUUAAAGCCAGGAAGAGGGAAAAAUCUCCCUCCAUCUCAUCUCCUACUCUACUACCAAGAAGGGAGAUGUUUCUGGUCAGGGGAGACGACGUAGCUGUCACAUCCCCAAGUAAGCAGGAAGCAAAAUUCAAUGUCAGAAUGAAUUUUGUUGGAGAUCGUCUGAUAAGUUCCUCGGAUAUUUUGGCGGAGGAGCGACAGUUGUCUCAGGACCUAGUGCAGUCCUCAAAAAAAAAACAAGAGUUUCGCUCAAUCUUUCAACACGUUCAGGCUGCUCAGUUAAAGACGUGUCCAUCUGAGCUGUUUGCUCAACACAUUGUAGCCAUUGUUCACCAUAUUAAAACUCAACACUUUCCAUCUCCUGACAUGACUCUAAACGACCGAUUCACCAUGUACCAAAGACGAGCUGCAGAGAAGGAAAUGAUGGCGCCGAGAAAAAGUCCAGAGAUACACAGGAGAAUUGAUGUUUCACCAAGUGCUUUUAAGAAACACUCUCAACCAUUUGAGGCGAUGAAAACCUCAGAGGAUGGCACUUACAAGGAUGGCAGAGAAAGUAUGAAAGAUGACCCAAUGGACCUUCGAGUUGACAUUGAGCGACGCAAAAAAUAUUCCACCCAUGAAAAACAUUUUAACCAGGAUCGGGGAAGAGAUAUGGAAGAUUCCCCAGAUUGUAGUAAAGACAGAUCAGUGGAAAAGUACUCCAAGUGUCACAAAAAAUCCAAGAAAAAAAAGAAGAAGCGCUCUCGCUCUAGUUCAUCCUCAUCGUCCUCAUCCUCCAAGGAUGAAAAAGAAGAUGCACCACAUGACACGCCUGACCCCAAAAAUAAAGGUUUCAACAGUGUCCAGCUGAGUGAAGGGGAGUCACCAGGGCCCGAAAAAAGGCCACGUGGAGGAUUUCAAGUCCGAAUUCGUGGAAGGGCUUGGAACAGAGGCAACUGUCAAACAAACACUUCAAAUAGUAACACAAUUAACAUGGCAGGAUUUCAAAAGAGUGAAGACUGGGACCCAGAGUACAAUCCCAAGAGCAAAACAUACUACUUGCAUGAUGACCGAGACAGGGAGGCAGAGUACAAGUGGAUGGGCAAUCGAGGACGAGGAAGCACAACACACGGAAGGGCACGAUUCAUCAUUCGCAAAGCCACUGCUGGUUCCAACACCAACGGCCCCACUUGGGGUCUUGACAAGUUCCAGAUCAACGGGGAGCAAGGUGGCGCACGGAAUGAAGUGGACAAACAGGACCACAAAGAGAAAGACACUGAUGGAGACAAUGCUUGAGCAGUUACGCUGCUGUUAAUCUUAAUUUUCAGUGUGAUUUUGUCCACCGUUUGAACUGUAAAAUGCUGACAAUGUUUUGUAUAGAUUUAUACCAGGAAAUGUUUUAUGCUUAAAAUACUUGCUGAGACGUCCUAAAAUACAAUCCCUACAGGUCAGUUGAGUAAGUAUCUUAUUACAACCCAUAGAUGAGUCUUGUUUAUUUUAAGCAAACUCUUGUUGGUAGUAAAUAUGACUAUUUUGACCCAAACUGUGACCUUUCAACAAGCCUGUUUCUAUGGGUAGCAUCAGAGCAUAGGCACAAACAACGGUACAAAAUGCACGGUUGUUGGACUUCCUGCUGCACUCCUGUUAACGAGACACAGACUCGAUAGGGGUGUAUCGCAGUUUCUCAUGAAAAUUACACAUUUUUGUUGCACAUUUAUUUGCUUUUAAUUCUUCACUGCACCAUUUUUGGUAAUAUUUACAUUUUUUGUGGUUAGAAGUUUUGUAUUAUUUUGUGGAUUUAACUGAUUUGUGUCAGACACUUUUGCAUAUGAACUGAAGCAGUAGUAGUAAUACUGGCUGAUGAAUUAAUUAAAUGUCAAGUGAGCAAACUAUGAGUUCAGAAAAAGUUCAGAGACAUCAAUCGCCAAUAUGCGCGGCAUACUUCAUGUUAAAAUGUUACUCUAAAAACAGCUCUUAUUUAAUAAUGGGACCAAACUGUCCAGGGCCAGAGGUUGUGUGUUUCAUUGUAUAACUUCCACACCAGCUGGAAGUACCAGAAUCUCAUUAAGGCUAAAUACUUAUACCAUGUUCAUGCAGCAUCUUUAAAUUAAUCAGACAUUUCUUUCUAAUGUAUCUGUUUUCCUGAACUUGGAUUCCAAUUAUAUAUGAUGAUUUUUUUCUCGCAUUCAUUGUAGUUAGUACCUGGAUAAGCAGGAUGAUGAUUGUAAAGAAUUUGUUCUUACAAGCCGAGACUUUGAUGUGAUUUUCAUUAGGCAAUUGAAAAUAUUUGUCUAGUGCAAAAUAGUUUAAAUCAAAUAUAUAAACUAAGUGUAACUUUGUCAAGAUUGUUAAAAGCAUAAUGUGCAUUUGUUUAGCCCAGGGAAGCCCAACCUGGUCCUUAUGAGCCAUUGGCCUGCUUGUUUUCCAAUUAUCCCCUCACACAAUUCAGGUGAACAGCAUUGGACAAGAGAGGGAUAGUUUGAAAACAAGCACAGGAGUGACUCCAGAGUUUGCUACCACUAGUUAACCUGUUGUUUGCAAUGGGGGUUUAUUCAACAAGUUGCUUUCCUUCAUUGAAUGUCUCCAGUGAAUUUUAGGAUUAGGCUCACCUCUGUUUGGCCAACUGCACACACAGUUACACUGCCCAUGUGCCUUGCUAUGUGGGUGCUGGUCUCACUUGUACCUACCUACAGAUGUAGAUUCAUGUUUGAUUGUCCGAAGGAUAUCUUGCUUCAUCACAUAGUUGUUACUGUUCUAAGAGACUGUAAAUUAAAGAUACACUGAAUCUUU